AUGGAUGAAACCGACCGUUCGAGAUGGGCUUCUGAUCUCGAGGUGGAUGCAGAGGCUCCAGAAGUGCCCGCACCGCUGCGAGUCGAGCCUGUCGAGCCUGUCAAAACACCAACGCCUUCAAGAGCUCGAAGGAAAAGGCCAGCGCCAGCGUCACAAGAGAACUGUUCAGCUCAAGCCGGGGAGAGCAGAGUGAGCAAGGCUCCGAAACCGGAGGACCACAAGGAUUACAAUCACGAUCCACGGAUUUGCGUCGCUCCUCGCAGUCUGCAGCCUGCUGGUGAUUGGAUUUGUCCAGCGCAGGUCCUGGAGCCAUCGGAGGAACCAGAUGUGGGCAUGAAAGACUUGCAUGAGCAGGAGGAUGGUUCACAAGGGUGUGGACGUGGAGACAAAGAGGACGAGUCGGAGAGGCGACAGCAUGCCUUUCGCACGUCUCAAGUAGUUCAAGUGGGUGGGAAGCAUCCUGAUUGGCUGACGGAGCCGGCAGCCGUGGCAGAGAUAUCGCUUCCAAGACUAUCAUCCGAUGAGUUGGUGUUCCUUCCCAGGUCCGUGGCCGAGGAAGGGCGCUUGAGUUCGGUGCAAAUGGAAAGUGUUGCAUAUGCGGCUCGCCGCUUUCGCUCUUACUUGCCAUCCGGGGCUCGUGCUGGGUACUAUUUGGGUGAUGGCACUGGCUGUGGAAAGGGCCGCAUAAUCGCCGCUCUUAUCUGGCACCUCUGGAACAGUGGUGCGAAACGACAUGUAUGGUUGAGUGCCAGCCGUGACCUCCUGGAGGAUGCAACGAGAGAUUUUCGAGACCUUGGAGCAGCAGUGCCUUUGUGCAGCUUGUCGUCUAUGGGUUAUGGACCUCUUUCGGGUCAUGGUCUGGAUGCCGACGGCAACGGGGUCAUCUUCGUCAGCUACCAGCUCCUCGUUGCUUGCAAAGGCAGCGCAUCAGGUGUGCCCACGCCGGAGACCUCGCGGCUUGGCCAGCUCGUCGAUUGGCUUCGACGUGGCAAGGGCGGUGCAUGUGGCCUCAUUGCCCUCGACGAGGCUCAUCGGACGAAGAACGUGGGCACGGAGACCCAGGCGGGCUCCAAGUCCGGGCUCUCGGCGCUGGAGCUGCAGCGCGCCUGCCCUGGGGCUGCGGUGCUCUAUGCCAGUGCCACUGGAGCCACGGAGCUGCGACACCUGGGAUACUUGGAACGUCUUGGUUUGUGGGGCAAAGGUCGUCCUCACAAAACUUUCGAGGAGUUGCGCUUUGCCGUAGAAGGAGGCGGUCUGGCGGCCAUGGAGUUGCUUGCAAUGACCAUGCGCGCGGAAGGCAUGUUGUCUUGCCGCUCACUUUCCUUCAAGGGCGCCUCCUUUCGCUUGGUGCCUGUUUCCUUGGGGACAGAGGAAGAAGCACCCGUUUACGUGGGCUGCUGUUUAUUCUGGCAAGCAGCCUUCCGAAUCAUCGUACGUCUGCUGAAGGCACGUACGCGCGAGGUCAGACGGAAGAAGCUCAAGCAUACCACCGAGCUAAAGGAGAACUCUGUGCACAUGCGGAACUUUUGGAGUGCGCAGCAGCAGUUCUUCCGACAGCUCUUGAUUUGCAGCAAGGUAGACGCAACAGUGAAACUUGCGGAAGCUGCACAGCUCAGGGGUGAGGCGGUGGUCAUCGCUAUGUGGUCGACGGGCGAGUCCGUCACGGAAGCCGUCGCCAACCGCGACGGUGACCGCAACGCUGCAGCUGCGGGUUUCGCAUCGGCGCCGAAGGAGGUGGCCUUGCGAAUGUUAAAUGGUCUCCUCAGGACGCUGGCUGAGGCAGUCGAGUCUGAGCCUUCCGCACUACAGGAGAUCCAGAAGGCCGAGGCAGAGUUGGAGCGGCUACGGCUUCCUCCGAACCCUCUGGAUGAGAUUAUGCGCAGGCUUGGCGGCCCUGCCAAGGUUGCCGAGCUGACCGGGAGAUCGCGCCGCCUGGUCUUCAACGAAGUCACCGGGGAGACGCGUUUCGAGGAGCGCGGCGACCGAGCCAACCUUGAGGAGCUGCGAGCCUUUCAGCUGGGUGGCAAGCAGGUCGCCAUUGUCACUGAGGCAGCCAGCGCCGGCAUUAGCCUGCACUGCGACAGGCGAUUGCCGGAAGAGGCGCAGAGGCCACGGUACAUGAUCUCCAUUGAGAUGCCCUGGGAGUUGCUCUUAGUCCUUCUGCUCGGUUUGCUUGCGCGGUGUUUGACCAUGUCGAGCGCUGGAGCGGCUGCUUGGAAGCAACUGCGGCAUUUCAGACAUCGCGAUCUGCUGCUGGGUACCUUGCUGCGGGCCUUUGAGCGGGACCAACUCGAGUGCCGAGUUCUGCAGUCGGAUGCCUUCCGGCCUCAUUUGACGCGCUGGGCCGAGCUGCUGCUGGUUGAGGGCACCUCUGGGGCUCAUGUUAAUCCCCACGAGGUUCCUGGCGAAAUCCUCGAGGCAGCGCGGCAGGGCCCAGCAGAAGUGCGCUGGCUUCUCCGACGACUCUCUAGCAAAGACCCGCAUCACCGCGGCUUGCCUCACUUUCCAUCCACGCUCCUCCAAAGGGGGCCGCAGUACCCCUUCCGACCUUUUGAGCUCACCUACCUGCGCUCCGUGGUGGGAGGGAUCCGUGGUACCGAGCUGGUCCAAAAGAUGGAGCUUCCGGAACCCACGGAGGAGGCCAAGGCGAAGGCGGAGGAGAUCCAUCGGGGUGCUCCGGUUCGAGAUCUGUGGGCCGAAGGCUGCUUGGACGAUGACGACCACAGGGCCGACAAGGCCAUUCAGCAACUCGGGCGAGUUCACCGCAGCAACCAGCGGGUUCCGCCCCGAUUCGCCUUUGUGGUCACGCAGUUGGGCGGUGAGGUUGCAGACCAGCAACCGGAGUUUCCUCAAGGCGAGCAGUGUCAGGUUGUCAUGUUGGCACUCACGUUGGCCUGGCCUGGCCUUUUGUCCCAAUUCCUGCAGCCCGUUGUUAGAUUUCUUCCUGGAAGGAUGGGGGGAGGACCUUCCACAGUCCAGGCGACUGUCGUGCCGGUGAACAGCAGUCCGGAGAUGUUCCCCGGAAAUCACCCGACAGACUUCUGCCUGUGUGCUAGCGGUGGAGGAUCCCGUGCCAUGAGCUUCACUUUGGGCGUGUACCGGGCCCUUUGGAACUUAAAUGUCAUACAGAAGCUGGAUGGUAUCAGCUCGGUCUCCGGCGGCACUUGGGCCAGUUCUGUCUUCAUGUUCGGCAAGAAUUUUAGGGGACAGAAUAUCGACACCUCGACGAUGCUGGGAGGAAUGACCAAACCUUCCUCCCUUACGCUUGAGGUGCUAAAGGCGGAGGCACCACCUCUUGCGUGGGGCCUCACGCAGGCAAGGAGUACGCAGCUGUUCAUCAAAAACGCUGCGAAAGAUGUUCUCAAACCUUUGGCAGACAAGGAUGUGUGGACGAAGACCGUAGCAGACUUGGUCCUGGAGCCGUGGGGACUCGAGAGCAUGGAUGCGUGCAUGGCAUUGUCGGAAGACGACGUGUCAAGGAUUCGUUCACAGAAUCCACAGCUGGGUGACACGAAGUUCUGCACCUUGCGGAGCGAUCGCCCGAGGCUAUUUCUGAUGAACGGGACGCUGCUGGCCCCUGCCGGCUUUCAGAGCAACGGUGAUGCCAUCGUGUCCUUUCAGGCAAGCCCGGACUUCUCCGGAAGCCCUUUCUACCCCAUGGAUCAUAUGGUGGACUAUCGCCCGGAUGUCACCUUCAAUCCUGCUUCAGUCCUCUUCUGCUUCAGCAAUUGCUGUCGCCAGGACCUGAUGAUCCCCGUGGGCGGCGGCCUUGUCGAAAGCUUUGCCUUCGGAGGCCAGGCCCCAGACACGAUGCCGGAUCAUGCUGCCACAGCAUCCGUGGGUCGCCCCGAGAGACCUCUUUCUCUGGCCGAUGCCGUGGGCAUCAGCUCCUAUGCCCCGGCUUCAGCGCUGGCCAACGACCUCUUCACCCAACGGAAGUUUGGUGUGAAGAGGGAGUAUUGGCCUGUUAUUGGCGGUGUGAUGUUGAGCCCCCUCCACAACAUGGCCAGGGUCAUCCCGGCGAGAGAGUACCAGUUCGGCGAUGGCGGGAGCAUUGACAACAGCGGGCUGCUUCCUCUCCUGCAGCGAAGUGCUAGAAAUGUGAUUUAUAUUGCCACGAGCUAUCGAGCCUUGAGCACGACUUACAACUUCGAGACGGUCACACAGGAGGACUUCGACCCUGAUGCAGCGUUGGUCGUCGAUCAGUUGUUCAGUCUCUUCGGUUAUGGCAGCUCCGCUUCCAGUAAGUCCCAUCUUCGAAUGAUUGUGAUGGCCCCAUAUUGCAUGGACGACCAGGCCCAGGGCUUCUUCAAUUCCCACAACCAGGUCUUCCAGAAAACAUCGCUGCUGCCCUUGGUGCAAAAGAUCGCUGGAUUAAAACGGCAGGGGAAGCCGGCGGUCGUCAGAGAGACCCUGGAGGUGCUGCCGAACAAGUACUGGGGCAUCCAGGGUGGCUACAACGUGACAUUGGUCUUGAUAUAUCUGGAGACGGUGCAGGACUUUCAGGACCAGCUGCCCGCAGAGACACGACAGGAAAUUGCUAGAGGAAGUGAAGGUGCCUUUGCCAACUAUCCAAUCUACCGCACCAACAACAACAACGGCUUGAACACCUUGGAUCUGACAGCCGCUCAAGUGAACCUCCUGGCAGCCCAGGCCGAAUAUUCAGUCAUGCAGAACGAAGGCUUGAUCAAGCAGUUCAUGGCCGGUGCGAAGAAGUAG